AUGUCUUACCAACCGAGAUCUUCAAAUCAAAACGAAAGUGACGACCGCCAUAAAAAACGUCGGCUAUACAACCCUUACCAAGAUAUUAGAGUCCCUGCACAAACCCUAUACAAACUUCCCACAUCUCUUGAAUACCUCUUUCAAGAGGAAUCCAUCGCUCAACGAAGUUCACGAAGAGAAAAUCCGACAUACUACACCGGCAUCGGUUACCUCAGCGGCGCAGUAGUUGGCGCUGGGAAGGGUUUAGUAGAGGGCGUGAAGGCUUCUGAGGCUGGAGACACCAUGAAACUUAGGGUUAAUCAGAUCUUAAAUGCUUCUGGACAUGUAGAUCGGACGAUCAGCAACCGUGCAGGUGUAAUCGGACUGUUGUACACUAGUAUGGAGAGCGGUAUGGUUAAGGCUAGGGAUGCAGAUGAUAUUAUUAACAGCGUGGUGGCUGGAUUAGCAAAUGGAGCGCUUUACAAGGCGGCGGUUGCUGUCAGAGCUAUUGGUGGAAUAACGGUGGGAUUAGCCAUGCCGGGGAAGCAGAUUUUGAAGAGAUACGUACCAAUCUGA